AUGUUCGCCUACGCAGUGAGGCGCGCCCUGCGCAAGAGUAAGACCCUUCGCUACGGAGUUCCCAUGUUGUUGCUGAUUGUUGGAGGUUCUUUUGGUCUUCGUGAGUUUUCUCAAAUUCGUUAUGAUGCUGUGAAGAUUAAAAUUGAUCCUGAGUUAGAAAAAAAGCUGAAAAUGAAUAAAGUGUCAUUGGAAUCAGAAUAUGAGAAAAUAAAGGAUUCCACCUUUGAUGACUGGAAAAAUAUUCGAGGACCCAGGCCUUGGGAAGAUCCUGAUCUCCUCCAAGGACGAAAUCCAGAAAUCCUUAAGACUAAUAAGACAACUUGA